CGGAGCCGAACGACUUCACAAUUCCGUAAGCCCUCGAACAGUCAACAGCUCCGCGGAGGAUACAAUCGACGCAAAAAAUAUAUAUGUUUUUAUUGAAGAACAUUCGAAAUUAACCAACAGCUGUGAAAAGUAACAAGAUUACAAAGGAAAUUCCGGUUCCAGAUCACCAGUUCGGUUUCAGUUCCAGAUUUCUAAAUUGGCUUUUGCAAAAGCGAAUAGAAACGUGGCCCGAUUUUGACUUUUGAUUCGAUUUGCGCGAAAGUUUCGAUUUGCAUAAACAGCGAAAGAGCCGCUGAGAUUAUAUAAUUACAGUGAAUUGUUCAUCUCGAGAGCAGCAUCUCCCAUCCGUACAAUGACGGGAUAUAAUUCCAAUGGCGAGGUUGCCACCAGCAAUGGCAAUGGACACUCCAAUGGCCACUCCAACGGACAGAAGACGGCCGACUACACAGCCCAGGAGAACGCCUCAAAAAAUGGUGGCAAAAUCGAGUGUUAUUUAACGCCUGAGGAAUUAAGAGCAAUACGCGUUCUAAACGAAGACACGUAUCCGUAUGAAGUAAUCCAGGAAAUUGCUGAUUUCAUCAUCAAGGGCUCUGGCAUGCGCCCCAAAAUCGGCAUUAUCUGCGGCUCCGGACUCGGCUCGUUGGCGGAAAUAAUCCAGGAUCCCAAGAUCUUCGAAUAUGAAAAGAUUCCCAACUUCCCCGUGUCGACCGUUGAGGGCCAUGCGGGUAAACUAGUCCUUGGAACCCUGGAAGGCGCUACGGUAAUGGCCAUGCAGGGACGAUUCCACUUCUACGAAGGCUACCCCCUGGCCAAGUGCUCCAUGCCGGUGCGAGUAAUGAAGCUGUGCGGCGUGGAAUACCUCUUCGCCACCAAUGCGGCUGGCGGUAUCAAUCCCCGGUAUGCUGUGGGUGAUAUAAUGCUGAUGCACGACCAUGUGAACAUGCUGGGAUUCGCUGGAAACUCGCCGCUCCAGGGACCCAACGAUCCUAGAUUUGGUCCCCGCUUCCCCGCCCUCGUGAAUUCCUACAACAAAGAAAUGAUCAACAAGGCCCUCGAGAUCAGCAAGACUAUGGGCAUCGAGUCGAACGUUCAUGUCGGUGUCUACUCCUGUUUGGGCGGUCCGAACUACGAGACCAUCGCCGAGCUGAAGGCUCUGCGAAUGAUGGGCGUGGAUGCAGUGGGCAUGUCCACAGUUCACGAAGUAAUCACCGCCCGGCACUGUGACAUGAAGGUGUUUGCUUUCAGCCUCAUCACCAACAAAUGCGCCACCGAAUACAGCGACAAGAAGGACGAGGAGGCCACCCAUGAGGAGGUGAUGGCCGUGGCAAAGAACAGACAGAAGGCUUGCUGCGAAUUGGUCGCACGUCUCGUCCGCGAAAUUCACGCCUCCGCGUCCUAGGCAGCGACGGCGGGAAAUAGUGAUGGAUGCUAAAUUUAACAAUAGUUAAUUCACUUAAACUCGCAGUCACGACUCACUACGACAUCAACUGUCCCAAAAUUUACAGUAUAAGCUUAGGCCAUAAAUACAACUAAAUUAUGUAAAAUAAAUUUCUCAAAUAAAAUAAAAACUAAACGUA